CCAUUUCUUGUUGCCUUCAAGAAGUCAGACUCUCAGUUUCUUCUCCAGCACAGUGUACCUGCACACUGCCGUGUGCCACUGUGAUGAUAGUGGACUGAAUCUCUGAACUGUAAGGCAGCCAUCGCAAUGAAAUGUUUUCUUUGUAAGAGUUGCUGUGAGGCUUCCCCUGUCAUCAUUUCCUGCAGCCAUGUACUUGGACAUCAUGGCGGAUGGCGAGCCCUUGGUCCGCGUCUCCUUUGAGCUAUUGGCAGGCAAAGUUCCAAAGACAGCAGAAAACUUUCACGCUCCGAGCACUGGAGAGAGAGGAUUUGGAUGUAAGGGUUCCUCCUUUCACAGAAUUAUCCCAGGACUCAUGUGUCAGGGCGGUGACUUCACACGCCAUAAUGGCACUGGCGGCAGGUCCAUCUGCGGAGAGAAAUUUGAGGAUGAGAACGUCAUCCUGAAGCACACAGGUCCUGGCAUCUUGUCCAUGGCAAAUGCUGGACCAAACACAAAUGGGUCCCAGUUGUUUAUCUGCGCUGCCAAGACCGAGUGGCUGGAUGGCAAACAUGUGCUCUUUGGGAAGAUGAAAGAAGGCAUGAGCAUUGUGGAAGCCACGGAGCGUUUCCGGUCCAGGAGCCGCAAGACCAGCAAGAAGGUCACCGUUUCCGACUGUGGGCAACUCUAAUUCUUUUGUCUCUUGGGCGGCUUAC